UACAUGCGCGCUGCCUUCUAUUUCCCCAGCCUCUCUUUCUACUUUAUUGUGCGUAAUAGCAAUUUCCUCUGCAGUAGACUACUGUGCAAGGCUCGGUGCAACAAGUUUGCAGGAGCCAGAACACGCCGUCAGACAGGUUGACUUGAUUUGGCUGGAGCGGAACUGUCUGUCGCUGUCACCACAAAGUCACUGUACGUGAACGCGGCGUCUCACACGCACUCACUCACUCACUCACUCACUCACUCAGAACAGUGUGCCAUAAAUUCGUGACUCGGCGCCAGAUGCAGUUUGCUCCCAACAGCGCGUGUAGUUGUAGUUAAAUGGAGAUCGCGGAGGCAAGAGGAGCAUCCAAGUGCUUGGAGAAAAUGGAGAAAGAAGCGGCUCCUCGGAAGCGACAGUAUUGGCGCACAACAGUGCUGAACAUAAUCUCGUCUCUAUGUUCAGUGGCGUCCAUCGCCUUUUGUAUUUUUCUGAGCAUGAACACGGCUGAUAUUAAGAACCGGGUUGUGGAUUUGGAGAGUGGGAACGGCGAGCACACCUUUAUCCGUGCCCCUGGCUACUCCAUGGAUGAUUUUAAUUCACUGAUUGAACAAAGAGUGGAUGAGCUGCUCUCUCAGCGCUCCUAUGAACAUUUUGUCAAGAUUCGUACUGCAAGAGAAGCGUCACCUGAAUGCAACUGCCCUCCAGGACCUCCGGGAAAGCGGGGAAGAAGAGGCCGCAAUGGAGAACCUGGACCUCCUGGCCCUCCAGGUCCGAAGGGUGAUAAGGGGGAUCAAGGAGACCAGGGACCACGGGGAUUGCCUGGUCUCCCUACGCUGGCUGCUUUGCACAGCAAUCAGAUCCUGACUGUCAAGGGAGAUCAAGGGCAAGCAGGACCACCUGGACCUCCGGGGCCACCGGGCCCUCCAGGGCCAAGGGGGCCUCCAGGGGACACUGGGAAAGAUGGGCCCAGAGGUUUACCUGGUCAACCAGGUGAUCCAGGAGAGCCUGGAGAAACAGGACCCAUGGGACCUGAGGGGCCUGAAGGGCAGAAGGGUUCACUCGGCCUUCCUGGCGUCCCAGGUGUUGAUGGACUGAAGGGGGAUGUUGGCAUCCCAGGAUUGGACGGUAUCCCCGGAGCCAAGGGUGAAAUGGGAGAGCGAGGUGAAAAGGGUGAUAUGGGCGAAGAUGGACCGAAAGGUGAUAUGGGAGAGAAGGGAGAUGCAGGCUCCUCGGCAGCAGGCAUCAAGGGUGAACCUGGAGAGCCUGGACGAAGUGGACAUAAGGGAGAGCCAGGACUUCCAGGGCUGCCUGGACUCCCAGGGAUAAAGGGUGAGCCUGGAUUCCUCGGUCCCCAGGGAGAGCCAGGGCUUCCAGGACUCCCGGGAACUAAGGGUGAGAGAGGCGACCACGGGCCACCAGGAAAGGGUGAAAGAGGAGAAAUUGGACCCGUUGGACCAAAGGGUUCCCAGGGAGAGACUGGCACACCUGGUCUUAAAGGGUCAAAGGGGGAGCUUGGGGAUAAAGGAGACUUGGGAUCCAUUGGCCCGAGGGGCCCACCUGGGCAGAAAGGAGACCAAGGAGCCACUGAAAUCAUCGAUUACAAUGGAAACAUUCAGGAGGCUUUACAGGGUCCUCCUGGACCUCCCGGGCCAAUGGGACCGGAGGGUAUAAAGGGGGAUCGUGGCAUGCCCGGUCUCCCUGGACUGGAUGGUGAAAGAGGCUACAAAGGUUCAAAAGGAGACAUGGGAAUGCCCGGAGCUUCAGGGGAAAAAGGCUCAACUGGUUUACCCGGCCUACCUGGUGUCAAUGGGUUUAAAGGAGACAAGGGAGAUUCAGGUCUACCAGGUCCUCAAGGUCCUUCAAUCAGCGGUGUUCCAGGGCCACCAGGGCCCCAUGGACCCCCAGGACCCAUGGGCCCCCAUGGUUUCCCUGGACCAAAGGGGGAACCUGGUUUGCAUGGUGCGAAGGGUAUGCGAGGGGAAGCAGGACACAAAGGGGACCGUGGACCACUGGGUCUCCCCGGAGCCUCCGGCUUGGACGGCAAGCCCGGAAUUAGGGGCAUGGAUGGGCCUUCAGGUCCAGCUGGUCCAGCUGGGCCAAAGGGUGACAUAGGUGAGAAAGGAGCACAAGGCGAGCCAGGACCAAGGGGACCUUAUGGACUACCUGGAGCUGCUGGAACACCAGGCCUGGACGGGUUGCCAGGCUUAAGGGGAGAAAAGGGCGACGUUGGGGAAAGAGGAGAAAAGGGUUUCCGGGGAUUUAAGGGUGAAAAGGGGGAACCAGGGCAGCCAGGUCUGGACGGGCUGGAUGCCCCAUGCCAAUUGGUACAGUAUUUCUCUUUUUCCUCUGCCUCCUACCCAUGCAUGCCGCUCACCUUCAGCCAUUACUGAAACCAAAACCACGCAUGACUUGAAAGCUUUGA